CUGAGCAUGUGUUUAUUAUGUUAUAAUAAAGUGAAAUAGUUUAACUAUGGAAAGUGAAAAUAAUAAUGGCAGUGCUCCGUCUCGUCGUUCCAUAGAUUCUACGGGUAGUAGUAACAGUAGUACAUGGAUGAACCGGAAAAAAAACAAUAUUUCUCUUCUAUGGCGUGGUAAUAAGAAAAAGAGGUCAUUAUUAGAAUCUAUACCUUCGGAAGAAAAUCUUGACACAACUUCGAUCGGCACAAAUUAUACGGUCGACACAGCAGGUAAUAAAUAUGUCAAAGGUACAAUUGUAACUGUAGUGCUAGUAGAAGCUAAAGGUCUUCCAGACAAACCAAAUGAUGGCUCUACUCACGGACUUUUCUGCAGACUUAGGUUGGGCUCAAAAACGUUGCUAUCAAAGGUAUCCACAAACGCCAAUCACCCAGAAUGGAAGGAACGAUUUGAUUUUAACUUAAAAGACGAUUAUUUACUAAGGAUUUCAUUAUGGGAUAAAGGAAGGCAAAGAAACUUUAUGGGAAGGUGUAUUUUAAAUCUAUUGGACCUUGAAAAGGAUCGGACACAUGAGUUUUGGCAAGAAUUAGACGAUGGAUUUGGUUCAGUACAUUUUUCUGUGACGAUGUGCGACACUCGAAGAAGUAUCCCUCCGCAUAAAGGUGAUGAGAAAAUGGAUGAAGCGUUCGAAAAAUAUGCAUUCCUUAACUUAGCCAACGAUUGGAGCGAAAUUGGGGAGGUUCAUGUGAAAGUGAUUGGAGCAAAAGGACUUAAUGGCAAUCUUUCCGCGUAUUGCACGCUGGAACUCGAUAACCAAAGGGUACAAACGCACAAUGUUCGAGUUAAUAAUGAUCAAUAUAAUUGGGAUAGAAGUUAUGUGUUUAACAUAUCGGAUAUUACAACAUGUUUAGAUCUUAAAGUGUACGACAAUUCUCUUUUGACUACUAUACUAAAUGAGAGUUUAGGACGAGUUUCUAUACCAUUAUUGAGGGUAGCUAAUGGAACGAUGCGCUGGUACGCUUUGAAAGAUAAAUCCAAUAAGAUUGCUGCUAGAGGCAAUUGUCCUAGAGUUUUGUUAGAAAUAUCUAUAUUUUGGAAUCCGGUGAAAGCGGCAGUCAAAAUGUUUCAGCCAAAGGAAAUAAAAUACCUCAAAAAACCUCCCAAAUUCGACGUAUUCCUUAUUUACAACAACUUGGAAUUUAUAAGAGAUUUGUUUGAUGCCUUGUAUCAAGCUAAUGAAUAUUACAAGCAGUUAUUUGAGUGGGAGAAUCAGGAAUUGUCGUUUGUCGCAUUGGCCAUAUGGAUAUUCUUCUGGUUUUAUUUUAAAUUGUGGACAACACCGCUUUGUUUAUUGUUGCCCUUCAUAUACUAUUGGGUUUAUCGGCGGAACAAGAGUCUGGUAAAUGGAAGUAAAGGUUCUAACAAGAAUGUUGACGAUCAACCGGAAGUAAGCGACAAUGAAAAGCUAAGUAUAAAAGCCAUGACCGCAAAAAUGCAAGGGCUACCGGAAAUGACAAUUACUAUAACGCAGAGUGUAGAGUACCUUGUUAGUAUGUUGGAAAGAAUAUACAAUUUGGUGACGUUUGAAGUGCCGUUUAUAAGUUAUUUAGUCAUGUUGUUUUUGGUCAUAGCAUCAGUUGGACUAUACAUAAUACCAUUUAAUUUAAUAAUGAUUGCCUUAGGUAUUUAUAAGUUUACUAGAAAAUAUUUAGAUCCAGAAAGGACACCUAAUAACGAUUUACUGGAUUUUAUUUCAAGGAUACCUGACAACGAACAAUUGAAACAUUGGAAGGAAUUAAAUGUACCAGAGCCGGAGCAAAAGGAUCAUAAUAAUAUUGUAGCUAAACAUCCCGUAACUAGAUCAUUUAGCAGUUUGUGAUAAUAAUGAAUGUGAUUCAAGUUUCUAAUAUUUAGAAAAUAUAAAUGUUUUAUUAUAAUUUUGCAUAAACAUAUUGUGGUAUUCCCAGUGUAUU